CGCUCCAUCCCAUAAUCUCCAAGUUCAAACAGCGAAAGCAGAGAGCGACGGGCACCCAGGGAGAAAGAGACAAAGAAAAUAGAGAAAAGGUGAGGAAUUAACCGAUAUGGCUGACAAAGCCUUAAAGGUUGGAAUUGUUGGAUACGGACAUUUAGGACAGUUUCUUGUUGAGAAGAUCCAGAGUGAAGGCGCUGAAGUGGGGCUUCAGUUAGCAUUCGUGUGGAACCGAAAUGCAGACAAACUGAAAGAUUCACUGCCCAAAGAUCUCAUUCUUCAUGACCUAUCAGAUUUCACCCAGAGAGACACUGAUGUAAUUGUGGAGGUUUGUCAUCCACUGAUAGUAAAAGAAUUCGGGGUCAGAUUUCUGUCGCACGCUCACUUCCUGGUGGGCAGCCCUUCUGCACUGUCUGAUGGUCAGCUCGAGCAAGAUCUCCGCACUGCUGCAAAACAACAAGGAAAAACACUCUAUGUGCCCAGCGGUGCAUUAUGGGGCGGCCAAGAUAUUCAAAAAAUGAAUGACAGUGGAACUUUACGGGCUCUCUCCAUCCGAAUGUCUAAACACCCCUCUUGUUUCCGGCUGACUGGCGGUCUACUCUCUGAUUGGACAGAGGGAGAGGGGAGGCGGGUCUUGUAUCGCGGCUCAGUAGCAGAGCUCUGCCCAAUUGCCCCAAACAAUGUGAACACAAUGGCAGCAGCAGCCAUAGCAGCAUCAAAACUGGGCUUCCACGGGGUUACUGGAGAAAUCGUUUCAGACACUGCAUUGGCAGACUACCACAUUGUGGAAGUAGACGUUACUGGUCCAGAUGGAUUCUCAGUGAAAACGGUGCGACAAAACCCCGCCAAACUGGGAGCUGUAACAGGAAAUGCCACAUACAAUUCAUUCUGGAGCAGCUUACUGGUCUGCAAGGGUCACGGAGGGAGAGUAUAUCUGUGCUGAUAACAUUGGACUGCUGCAGAAAGUGCACAAGUUAACAGAGGAAAGCGUUAGUGGAUGAAUGAAUUAAUAAAACAAGUGUCAAGUCAA